AUGGAAGUGUUCACCAUCGGAACCGACCGGCAUUGGCGCGAGACGGCGACGCAGCCGCCAUACCCUGUCUUGCCACGGCGUUCGGCUACCUUCUUCAAGGGGUCUCUCAUCUGGACCGUCGACCAAGAUAACCUCGCGGAUCCUGCACCAGGUUUCCUCCGUUUCAGCUUAGAGAACGAGGUGUUUGGGGUUAUGUCGCCGCCUCCUUGCCCCCCGAGGCCGGAGUACACCAUGUCCCGUUUAGCCGAGCUGCGUGGGGAGCUCUGCUUGGUCUGUGUAGAGCAAGACAACGAACUAGUUGAGAUGUGGAUGUGCGACGAUGUCGAAAAGCCACGAUGGGAUCAGCGUCACACAGUCAUUGUUUCGACGUUCAUGUCCCCUGAUCUCUAUCCAAUUGCCGCAUUUGAUGAUGAGAUUGUGUUCAAGCAAUGGAAGUAUCACACCAGACGCUAUGAUCUCAAAACUGAAGCAUUUGGCGACGUGUUCCGCUUGGAGAACUUGAAGUAUCACAACCCAAGCACAGGCAUGCUUGGAUACCAAAGGAGAUUUCUCUCCUACUUUGAUGUGAUCCCCUAUGUUCCAAGCAUAAUUCCACUUCCAAAGGAGGGUUUCUCCUACUUUGACUAG